AUGGCACUUCCAGCAGAAUUAAAUGCCACAAACUAUAAUAAUUGCAGACGAGAUCAUGGUCGUGGCCGAAGCCAAGGAAGAGGUCAUGGUCAUGGCCAAGGAGGUGGACGAAAUGGUCAUAAUUCCUCAGAAAGAAAUUUUGACCACCAAAGGAAUAGACAACAUGCAGAUGAGAAUGUUCAUGGUAACUAUCCUCAAAAUCCUGAAGAUUCAUGUUAUAGAUGUGGUGCAAAUGGGCAUUGGUCUCGUACAUGUCGUAAGAUGAAAUACCUUUGUGAUUUGUAUAAAAUUUUUGUAAAAGAAAAGGAGAAUGAAGUGAACUUAAUUAAACAAUAUGAUCCUGUGAAUGAUUCAACUCAUCUAGAUGCUUCCGACUUCAUAGACAAUUUCAAUGAUAAUAAUGAGUCUAAUGGUUGUGAUGCCAGAGAAAAUUAUGUAUAA